UAUGAGGAAAAAGUCAGGAGAUACAAUAAAUAGGUGAUAGGGUAUCCCUAAAUAAUAAAGAAGAAACUGAAAGCCAUUAUAAGUCUUUAUAAAUAGUGAGAGAAAAAUAAAGAAGUGAAACCAUAAUGAAAGAAUUGAAUACGAAAGGUUAAGUCACUUCUCCAAGGUGACAUAACCAUUAAGUGGUGGAGUGGGGCUCCCCAAGCUUGUGCUCAUACUUGUUAGACUGAAGGCACUAAGAUUCGGAGAGUUGAUUGGUCGUCCCAGGACAGCAGCAGAAGUGAGUUUGGAGCGUGAUAGGCAAUGUCGAGUCUCACCAUGUUUCUUCCCCAACACUAUGGCAGAACAUCAAGCCUGGGUGCAUCCUCCCAGCAUGGCCACCACCAUCUCCCCGCUGCCACUCACCACUGAAGAUGUCAGUCCUGAAAACAGCAGCUUCCUCUAUGACUAUGACUACCUUGAUGAGAUGACCUUCAUGCUCUGCAGGAAGGAUGCGGUGGUGGCCUUCAGCAAAGUCUUCCUGCCGGUCUUCUACAGCCUGAUCUUCGUGUUGGGCCUAAGUGGAAACCUCCUUCUUCUCGUGGUCCUGCUUCGGUAUGUGCCUCGUCGGCAGAUGGCUGAGGUCUAUCUGCUGAACCUGGCCAUCUCCAACCUCCUGUUUGUGGUGACACUGCCCUUCUGGGGCAUCUCCGUGGCCUGGCAUUGGGUCUUUGGGAGUUUCCUGUGCAAAAUGGUGAGCACCCUCUAUACCAUUAACUUUUAUAGUGGCAUCUUUUUCAUUAGCUGCAUGAAUCUCGACAAAUACCUGGAGAUUGUCCAUGCUCAGCCUCACCACAGGCUGAGGACCCGGGCCAAGAGUCUUCUCCUUGCUGCCAUAGUGUGGGCUCUGGCCCUGGCUGUCUCCAUCCCUGACAUGGUCUUGGUACAGAUGCAUGAGAAUCCCAGAGGUAUGUGGAGCUGCUAUGCAGACUUCAGCGGGCACGGGACCACUUGGAAGUUCUUCCUCCGCUUCCAGCAGAACCUUCUCGGGUUUCUCCUUCCACUCCUGGCCAUGGUCUUCUUCUACUCACGCAUUGGCUGUGUCCUGGUCAGGCUGAGGCCCCCGGGCCAGGGCCGGGCUCUAAGAAUGGCUGCAGCCCUGGUGGUAGCCUUCUUCGUGCUGUGGUUCCCAUAUAACCUCACCUUAUUUCUGUACUCACUGCUGGACCUCCAAGUCUUUGGGGACUGUGAGGUCAGCCAGCAUCUGGACUAUGCGCUGCAGGUGACAGAGAGCAUCGCCUUCCUUCACUGCUGCUUCACCCCCAUCUUGUAUGCCUUCUCCAGUCGCCGUUUCCGCCAGUACCUGAAGGCUUUCCUGGCCACUGUGCUUGGACGGCACGUGACACGUGACAUGUCCCAGCCUUCAAAGUCUGACUGUUCGGAGAGCAGCAGCCUGACUGCCCAGGAAGAGAUGACUGGCAUGAAUGACUAUGGGGAGAGGCAGGCUGAGAAUUCCCCUAACAACAGGGCCAUGGGGAAUACCUAAGCCUGAGUGACCUCACCAUAGUCUGGUGAGAGGAGAUGGGACCAGCAGUUGGGCUUUCUUUUAAAGUAAUCUCUUCAAGGGAACCAGCAGCAUUUGCUCUCUCUUACCUUUUCCCUCCACUUUCGACACUUGCUUCACCUUUUCCCUCCACUUUCGAUACUUGCUUCCAGGACACCACUCUUCUCUCCUGGAUUGCUGCAGUGGUUUCCCAGCCAACCUCUGUGCCUCCUAGCUCUUGGUCUCCUGUGAUCUAAUCUACACCCAGAGGCCAGAGCAAUCCCAACACUCUUGGCCUUCAC